CCCCCGAGAUCCCAGCGCCCAGACAUCGCAGUACCUUACCUCAAUGUCACUGUCCUGGAUCGAUCUGCAGUGUCGCCAGGAUACAUCUUCAUCUCACCAUUCAAAAACCAUAUUUCUGGACCGUUGAUCUAUGAUCAAUUCGGCGAUUUAGUCUGGUCAGGAAGCGAUACCUUCAGCGCAAGUACGGGAUCUGGUCCCCAGGCAUAUGUCUUUGAGCCUUGUCCAUAUUCUUCGCAAGCAAGCGAGAGAGAUCGGCACUAUCUCUGUAUGCUGCAUACUUUCAACCAAGGAGGUAGUGGACGAGGUCAAGCGUUGAUCCUCGAUUCUACCUAUAGGAUCCUCAAAGGGAUCCAGUAUAAUGGAACCUCUUCGGCUUUGGAUCUGCAUGAGCUCAAACUAGUUGACAACCAACCUGGAAAAUCGCAGUCAGCUCUUCUAACACAAUAUCGCCCUAUUCCGGCGGAUCUUUCUGCAUACGGCGUGCCCGGACUUGGUUGGCUACACGACUCCGUCUUCCAGGAACAACGACUGAGCAAUGGAGCUAUAACUUUCGAAUGGAAAGCUUCCGAUCACAUCGAUCUGAACGAAACUGCCGUGGCGUUCUAUGAUGGCCAUCAAUCCGAUUCACCAUGGGAUUAUUUCCAUAUCAAUUCUGUCCAGAAACUCCACGGCAGUGGAGAUUAUUUGAUUAGUGCUCGGCAUGCUUCUGCAAUCUACUUGAUCGAUGGCAAAGAUGGUCGCAUUGUAUGGCGACUUGGAGGGCGGAGGUCAGAUUUUCGUAUGAUUUCAGCAACCACGAAUGGUCAAGGAGAAGGAGAACAGAUUUCAGAUUGGUUCUAUUUUCCCCAUCAUGCAACUCUGCUCCGCAAUGAGAGUGGCAUCCUCACAAUCAGCCUUUUCGACAACGGUCAGACUCCCAAACGGAAACCACGACCUUACAGUCGCGGCCUUCUGCUCUCCGUCAACGAACCAGCACGAACAGUAUCGAUUCUGGAAACUUAUCACACUGCCUCGCAACCUCGCGCAGCAGAACUCGGCGGCAGUAUGCAAAUUCUGGAAAACGGGAAUGUGCUGAUCGGCUGGGGUAAUACAGGUUGUAUGACAGAAUACUCCGCUGCGCCGGAAUCGCGGCCUGUAUUCGAGGCGUGUGUGGUGGAUAAGAAGGCAACCCCGGCUUUAUAUCGUGCGAAGAAGACGAAGGGCUGGAUAGGGAGGCCGGAUACGAGGCCUGCUGUGGUUGCUUUUUCGCGAAGAAACGAAAUGGAAGGAGAGCAAAAUGUGAAAACUGCCAUUCACAUGAGUUGGAAUGGGGCAACUGAAGUGGCGAGUUGGCGUGUUUACGGUGGCAGUACUACAACCACCACACCGAACGACGGAGAAAUCAGCUGGACCGAGCUGGCAACUUACCCGCGCAACGGCUUCGAGACUUCGGCGCUGAUUGAAUCGACAUCCUCCCUGCCAACGCCUCUGGUCGUGAAAGUGGAAGCUCUUGCGGCAGAUGGGAAUGUUCUGGGGGAGUCCGAAAUGGCAAGAACCUUUGUGCCAAACACUAUGGCAGGGUGUGAUGAGAUGUGGUGCAAUCCUCUUCCGCAGCGAACGAAGGAAGUUUCACUGUCCGGCAAUAGUGCUUCACCUGGCAUUGGAAGUCACCAUCGUGAGGCUUGGCAAGAUAGACUAAUGUUCUGGCAGAUUUUGGGGAUUGCUUUGUGUGCUUUGAUAAUGGGACUUCUGGCGAAGCGGCGGAUGAGGCGGAGGAAAGACUUCUCAUGGCGAUGAUGGUUGUGUCCAAGAUGAUUGCUACUGGUUGGUGAAUGUGUUGCGAGGAGUAUUGUCCGGAUCUGGCAGGCGCAUCGUUGCUGGAGAAAUCACGCUGAUGAAAUAUGAGUAUGAAUACAACGACAGCAGAUAGAGAGCCAGUCUUUGGGUGGCAGCAUAGGCGCUUGGAGUCGAAGAUCUCUGGCAGAUGGAGUGAUAAUUUCUUGUGGAUUCUGUAGAUUGGUGUCCUUGUCGCUGUCUUGGAUGGACGUCUCAAAGUGAGACUGUUUCUGAUCGGCGCACGGCUUUCGGAGUUCCAUGCUACGAUUUCAGCAGCAUUUUACGAUAUUCAGCCUUGUGACGGCUGAUCGUCAUGGCGCAGUGAGGCAUUGCUGGCGCCUCUCGCGGAAGUGCUAAGCGCGAGCUACCACGGGU